AUGGCGAAAGGUGUUUGGAUCACAAACGAGAUGCGCGAAAGGAUCGCACAGAUGCGCAAUGAUGGAAUACCGGUCAAGGACAUUGCUGAGCAAAUGGAGCGCAGCAGCAAUUACAUUUACCGCAUCUUGAGAAAUAUGAAUAGUGCAGACCCAAUUAACAAGAGACAGAAGACAACAGCCUUCGAAUUAUCAACAGCCACUGCGACUGUCCCAGAUGUCGCACGGAGUUAUGAUGCUGACGAGAAAAGUAAUCGAAAUUUUGGAGACCUUCCCGACCCUAAUUCUUCGAUCCUCUGUGCUGUCGAAAACAUGGAAGUUUCGGCCUGUGAGCCUGAACAAAGUUUUGAGCAGCUACUUUCCCAAGCCCAAGCGAGACAACAUACAGUAAAUGCCACUGUUCUCUUCAGCACUGAAACAUCCACGGAAGAUAAACCUCAUGCUCUUCAAUUACCGAAUGAGUUAACGAAUGCAUCGAACUCGCUUAACCAUUCAGCGGAAUUAACCCAAGACAUCACGUUCUGUGAUCACUUAAAACCCACCCAACUGCAAUUGCAGCCUUCGACAAAACAAUUUCCUACAAAUUCUCGACUUCGGACCCAAAAACCAAGCAGUCACCAAUCUUCGGCGCUGGAUUUUUCUAUGCUUGAUGAACCACAGGUCAAGACGAAGUCUUCGAACAAAACACGAGACUUUUUUGGGGGACUUGACGAUCUUCUCAAGCAAAUUCAGGACGAGAUUCAACGCCUCAAAAGUUUAAUUCAGUCCGAUCUGUAUGACGCUCAACUGUUGCAAAUGUUAAUGAAAUUUCACGCUGAAAUACAACUUUUGCAAUACAAGAAAACGUUAUCCGCUAACGAACUCAGUAAGUGCGCAGAAGACCAAGGUGUGAAUGAUCAGGAAAGCGGUAACUUGCUUCGUCAGAAGCUGUCAACCGAAAUAACGCUUUUAAGCCUUCAAGUGGACAGGGAAAGACUGGAGCUGGAGCGCGAGCAGAUCAAACACAAGACAACCUCACUUAUUUGCCGGAAGACCCUCCUGGAAGCCAAUGCUUCUUCAAACAAUGUGAAUGGUUCAUUUCCUCGCCAGUAG